CCUAGAGAAAAUCCUGAGAAUUAUAUAAUGAUUUUUGAGAGGCUAGCCCAUAACCAAAAUAGGAAUCACUUCGUAUAGCAAAAUUAUCUUGAAAAUUCCUUUAGUACCUACAGGCCCAGUGUAUGUGCAAGGCAUUUAGUUUAAUCUCAUCGUUCCCCAAGAAAAAUGGUUUUCUUUAGUCAUAUGCAUCACAACAAAGAACAGGACAUUUGGUAUUCAUCAACAACGUUCUUCCAGAGCUCCUUCAGAUGGCUUCUCUCGAUUACAAACUGUUUUGGAAACUCCAAAUUCUUUCCACUGAUUCAGCCAUAGCCUCUUAACUAAUUUAUAAACCGCUGUGAUUUAGCAGCUCCAGGAAGUUAGAGGAUAAUGUUGUGGAAUUUGCUCAUUCUUAGAGCAAACUCUUUCUGCUCUUUACUGUCUUGGGACCGUCUUCUACUUUCUUUGCUGAAAACAGGUUCCCCCAAGGGACCUUGAAAUCUUUCAAAGCCACAAUGCAAAAAACAUCAGUGUGGCUUCUCCUCAGUUUAGCCUAUUCUUUAUCCAGUGCAAGGAGACAAGGAGAAAGACAUGCCCCUGUCCCCUAUUUCCAUGAUGACAUCAAUGUCCUCUCUCAGGGGCUUCUACAGCUUGGAGUGGAGCUCAAGAUGCAAGUGAGCUACAGCAAAAAUCACAUUGGCCACCUGUUUAAACAACUGGACUCUCUGAAUACCUCUUUAGUUAAGCUUCUAACUCAAGUCAGCCAGCAGGAGAGAAAGAAAGAGGACCUGGAGAGGAGAGCUGAGCAGCUCGACAAGAGGAAUGAAGACCUCCAUCAGCUGGUUGCUGAGCUCCAGCAUCAGAUGAUUGCCGGGAUAAAGGACAGAGAGAAAUUCAAUGAGAGGCUAAACUUGCUGGAGCAGAAGAUGGAGGAUGCUGUGUUCUUCAAGGCAGGUGGGCUUUCUCUGACAGAAGUGAUGGACGACAUUAUGCCCUUUUUGCAAAGACAGAGCCAAAGAAUUGAUGAGCUAUUUGCGGAAGUGGAAAUGCAGCAAAACCAAUUGCACAAACGAGAUACCCUCAUUAAAAGGCUACGGGAAAAGGUUAAAUCAAAGCACAAACUCACAAAGGAAACAGUGAAAAAUGGAAAGAAAACCCCUGAUGUGUAGGGUGAAGAGAAUGUUCCAUCUUCAGGAAUCAGCAAGGGAAACGGAGCAUGAAUCCUGUUCUAGGGCACAAGUCAGAGUCCACACAAGGCUGCCUGCCCUGGGAAAUGGCACAAGAUUAGAAGGAGGCGCUGGGGUGUUGUCCCCAGCAGCAGCUUGCCCCUUAGUAACCUCUGCUCUGUGGGCCAGGCUGCAAUGUUUUGUGUAAAUGCUGGCACUGUAUUCUGAACAUCGGGGACCUCUAACCCCGCCCCCGCAACAAGCAAAUGCAGUUAAGUAGCUAGAGACAAAAUGUUACCCAAAUUGUUUAGAAACACUACAAUAAAUGACCCAAUAUUCUCUCUCUCUAGUCAUGUUAUGUUUUUAAAAAUGCACUCUAAAACAGAAAUCAAAUGAGAGCAAGAGAAACAAAUAGAAAGCCAGCAAACUCUUAUACUUGUUAUUACACCACUUUUUAAAGAUUUUGAAGGGACGAAUAAUCCAGUCUUUCCCAAUUAAUGAACUAUAAUUUGAACAUCCGAUAUGGUAUCUUGAACAACUAUGGAUAUUGAACAACUAUGAUUACUAAUAAUAAUUUGUCUUUGAACAUGGACUACAUGCUCACAUAUCCUAUAUUUUCAGAGUACCUCUUCUAUUACCUCAAUUCCCACCCCUUCUUCUUAUGAGAAAGGUAACAAUUCCUCUUAAGAAAGGGCUUGGAAAAUCAGCAUUCCUCCUGUUAAAUAAAGCAGGACCUCAAGCUGGGGCAAAGAGAAUGUUCCCUUUUAGAAACAGGUAAAAGUACCUGAACUCUCCUUAAAAUCCACUCACUUGUUUAAGAAAAGUCCAACUACUUUUCAAUAGCAAAAGACCCAACAGGAAAGUUGGAAUGUUUUUAGGUCUUAUCUGGAUCAGAUUCACAGUGAAAAGAAUCACAAAUACAUAAACAUUUGAAACCUGCUGUGGAAAACUGAUGACUUUAAGAAAAAGUAAAUCUCUAGGCCCUGCCGGGGUAGCUCAGUUGGUUAGUGCAUCGUCCAGAUACACCAAGGUUGCAGGUUCAACCCCCAGUCAGGGCACAUGCAAGAAACCAGUAAACGUAUAAAAAAGUAGAACAACAAGUUGAUGUCGAUCUGUCUGCCUCUCUCUCUAAAAUCAAUGAAAUGACAUUCUUUAAAAAUCUAACUUUGCUUGAAAUUUUUUAAAAACAAUACUUUGUUGACCACUAUGCUGUACACCUGAAACUAAUACAAAAUAAUAUUGAAUGUAAACUGUAAUUAAAAAAAUUAAACCAUACUUUGUGGAGCUGACAUUUUAUGAAUUAAGAUAUCCAUAUUACUAAAUAUUCUUUUGAAACACUGCUUACCAGAUUUAAUGUAUUAAGUGGUUUACAUAUCAUUCACUCCCAUCUUUGUAUGAAUUAGUUUACUCAGUUCCUGUUCUUCUUACAAAGAGGAUGGAUUAUGGACUGACUGCAGGUAUGAGUGAAGAAAGGGUGAUUAUUAAUCACGAGGCACUGAUCCGGGAAGAUCUGGAUGCUUAAGGUGACAAGGAGAGUGACAAAGCAAGGGCAGAUGGGAAGGUACCAAAAUCCAAAGUUUUUAUUCCACAAUUUUUUUUUCUAAAGCUUUAAAAAACUUGACAUUGACAAAAUAGUCAAAAGGCUCACUGGAUAAUUGCCUUUCUUCCAACUCUCAGCUAUCCCCAUGGAACCCAUGGUAUGGGUUAUCUGGAUAUUCCUUGUGAUUCCCACAUGGGGAAGGCUCAGAAUUUGUUAAACACGUUGAGCUUGGUUUAUUAGAACCCUAUUUUCAGUGUCCUUUUUUUAAAAAUAAAAAAUUAUUUUAUUUUUUAAAAAUAUGUUUUUCUUGAUUUUUAGAGAAAGAGGAAAGGAGA